AAAUCGUCGGGUCAAGCUAAAGCAGUAAGGAUUCCAGUCUGCCGUAUUUUGAAACUCAGCAUCGUUGUGAUAUCAUGGGAGAAAAAAACAGGAACAGCAAAAGCAAAAUAAGGCGUGAGCCGGAAUGGCAGCUGCUUCCGGUGGCGCUCGCAGCGCAGCUUCAGGUUUCACCUCUUCUGGCGGAGUCUCAAGCUGUUGCAGCUGAACUGUGUUUAUUGCAGUCAGGCUGGAGCUUCCCGAGCUGCUCUUCUUCCCGGCUGUGAGCAUUUCAACGCUGGGCAGCAGAAAUGACCUUUCUGUCAAGAACCUAGAGAGUUUUGUCCUGAACUGUGUACCCGGCUGAAGAAGUGAGACCUUCGCUGGCCAGCAUGAGAAGUAGGAGCAACUCUGGGGUUAAGCUGGACAACUAUGCUCGGAUAGUGCAGCAAACUAUCCUGCAGCACCAAGAUCCAGUGACCGGUCUUCUUCCAGGCAGCACAGACCAGCCGGACGCCUGGGUCAGAGAUAAUGUGUACAGCAUUGUGUCCGUGUGGGCCCUCAGUCUGGCCUACAGGAAGAACGCAGACAGGGACGAGGACAAGGCCAAGGCCUAUGAGCUGGAACAGAGCGUGGUGAAGCUGAUGAGAGGUGUCCUCCAGUGUAUAAUGAGGCAGCUGGACAAGGUGGAGAAGUUUAAAUACACCCGGAGUACCGAUGACUCUCUCCACGCCAAGUACAACACCAGGACUUGCGCCACCGUCGUCAGGGACGACCAGUGGGGCCACCUGCAGGUGGACGCCACCUCUCUGUUCCUGCUCUUCCUCGCUCAGAUGACUGCAUCAGGUCUUCAUAUCAUUUACACUCAAGACGAAGUGGAUGUAGUUCAGAAUCUCAUGUUCUACAUCGAGGCAUCUUAUAAAGUUGCUGAUUAUGGGAUGUGGGAGAGAGGGGACAAAACCAACCAGGGCAUCACGGAGCUUAAUGCCAGCUCCAUAGGCACAGCUAAGGCAGCUUUGGAGGCUCUGGAUGAACUCAACCUGUUUGGAGCAAAGGGAGGCCCUGGAUCUGUGGUCCAUGCGCUGGCUGAUGACAUACAGCACUGCCAGUCCAUUCUGACGUCGAUGUUACCCAGAGCAUCCAUCUCUAAAGAGGUGGAUGCUGGAGUCCUGGCAAUCCUCACUUACCCCGCCUUUGCCGUGGAAGACAUGAGCAUAGUCAACAUGACCAAGGAGGAGAUCAUCUCUAAACUGCAGGGUCGAUACGGCUGCUGCAGGUUUCUUAGAGACGGCCACAAAACUCCCCGAGAGGACCCAAACAGGCUGUAUUACGAGUCCGCUGAGCUCAAGCUGUUUGAAAAUAUAGAGUGUGAGUGGCCUCUGUUUUGGACGUAUCUCAUCCUGGACGGCAUUUUUAGCAACAGUCAUGAGCAGGUGCAGGAGUAUCAGGAGGCGCUGGAGGGGAUCCUGAUCAAGCAGAAAGAUGGGAUCCGGCUGCUCCCACAGCUCUACAGCGUCCCUCCAGAUAAGGUGGAUGAGGAGUACAUGAACCCUCACUCAGUAGAGAGGAUCCCAAUGGGGAAAUGUCCCCUGAAAUGGGGACAGUCCCUGUACAUCCUUGGAAAACUCUUAUCUGAGGGUUUUCUCGCCCCCGGAGAGAUUGACCCUCUUAACCGACGGUUCUCCACAAUCCCCAAGCCGGAUGUAGUUGUACAGGUGUCCAUUUUGGCUGAGACGGAUGAGAUCAAGGAGCUGCUGAUGAAAAACGGUAUAAACGUGGAGACCGUGGCUGAUAUCCAUCCCAUCCACGUUCAGCCCUCCAGAGUCCUCAGCCACAUCUACGCCAGACUCGGCCGUAACCCAAGGCUCGGUCUGACGGGCCGACCCUACAGAAGAAUAGGGGUGCUGGGAACCUCCAAGUUCUACAUCAUUAGAAAUACCAUCUUUGCUUUCACACCUCAGUUUAUCGACCACCAGCAGUUCUACUUGGCUCUGGACAACAAGAUGAUCGUGGAGAUGUUGAGGAAUGAGAUUGCCUACCUCUCAUCCAGAUGGAGGAUAACUGGACGACCAACGGUCACCUUCCCGAUCUCACAGACUAUGCUGACUGAAGACCGAACCGACCUGGACCCUGCAGUCUUGGCUACGCUAAAGAAGUUACAAGAUGGAUAUUAUGGAGGAGCAAGGACCCAGACGGGAAAGCUGUCGGAGUUUCUGACCACAUCCUGCUGUGCUCACCUCAGCUUCCUGGACGGUAAGGGUUCUGGCAGCAUGGGCCGGCACGGCAACCAUUAUGAUGGUGAUGACGGCGAUGGAUACGUGCAUGAAUUGCGUUGUGAUGAUGAGUUUCACCAUGGUGGUGAUGGUGGUGAUUUUGAAGCAGACGACCUCGCCCAGUAUCUGGACCACCUGUUGGCUCACUCUGCUCCCAAGAAAUCCAAGCAUCAGGCCGGAGGUCUGGGCAGGUUCAAGGCUGUGGCCACCAAAACCAAAGAGAUGGUUUCUCUGAUGAACAAGGCUCAGGAUCUGAACAUACAGAAUGUCAACAUGUACCUGCCAAGCAAGCUGUUUCGUUCUUGUCAGCCGUUGCUUAACCUGAACCUCCCAGACCCUUCUGAACCGCAGGAAACUCAGGGCUCAGAGGUGUCGAUUACAGUGGAGGGCGGCAUCCCCAGAGAUGAAAGCGGAGCUAUCGACUACAACUCCCUGGUCCAGCUGCUGAAAGACAUGAAAAACCUCCAGGACCAGGCAGAUAUACUUUACAUCCUCUUCAAAGACAAAGGUAUGGAGUGGGACACCCAGCUGCGAGGUAAAGGCUCCACAGUCAGCUCUCUCCUGAGUGAGCUUUAUGAGAAGGCUGGUGAUCUCAAACACUGGGGCCUCAUCAGGAUGAUCUCAGGCAUGCUGAAGAAGAAGGUGGAAGAGCUCGACUCGGCAUGCUCUGAUUUGCUGGCGCACCAGAAGCACCUGACCGUGGGCCUCCCUCCUGAGCCGAGGGAGAAAACCAUCACGGCUCCGAUCCCUCCGGACCAGCUGGCAGCUCUCAUCGACGAGGCCAGCGACAACAACAUCAGCGUGGCCAUCCUCACUCAGGAGAUCAUGGUGUACUUGGCAAUGAGCAUCAGGACUCAGCCCAGUCUGUUCAGCGAGAUGUUCAGGCUGCGAAUCGGCCUCAUCAUUCAGGUCAUGGCUACUGAACUCGCUCAGUCACUCAACUGCUCGGGAGAGGAGGCCACAGAGAGUCUGACGAGUCUCAGCCCGUCUGAACUGAAGAAUCUGCUGCACCACAUCCUGAGUGGGAAAGAGUUCGGAGUGCAGCGCAGCGUAAGGGAGGCGGACGCCGGCGUCAGUCCUGCCAUCUCCAUCCAUCACUUGGGCAACGCUGGCGCCACCAAGAGCGAGAGAGUGGGCAUCAGUAAACUGAAGAGCGACAUGAAGAUGCUGGAACGCAGGUUGUCCAUGAUGGACCCCAGUAAGCUUGACCAGUCUGUGACGCCCACUGAGAAGGGCGUCCGAGCUCAGUCACUGGACGUAGAAAGCACCGAAUCCGGGAGGUACAGACUGUCAUCUGUAGAAUCCCUCGACAUUCCAGAUAGCUUUCCCGUUUCCAAGGAUACCAGACACGGCCAGUGGCUGCGCAGGAGGCGGCUGGACGGCGCGCUCAACAGGGUUCCCGUUGGCUUCUACCAGAAAGUGUGGAAGAUCCUGCAGAAGUGCCACGGUCUGUCCAUAGAGGGCUUUGUCCUUCCUUCUUCAACCACAAGAGAGAUGACCCCUGGAGAGAUUAAGUUCUCUGUCCAUGUGGAGACCGUGCUGAACCGUGUCCCCCAGCCUGAGUACCGACAGCUGCUCGUGGAGGCCAUCCUGGUCCUCACCAUGCUGGCUGACGUGGACAUCCCCAACAUCGGCUCCAUCAUUCACGUGGAGAAGAUCGUCCACCAGGCCAACGACAUGUUCUACAAAGAUCAGAAGGACCUGGGAGCAGAAGAGCACAUCCUGGAAAAGGACCCAUCUACUGGAGUGUGCAAGCUCCUGUACGACAGUGCCCCCAGUGGGCGUUUCGGGAGCAUGACCUAUCUCACAAAGGCUGUGGCGGUGUAUGUGCAGGACUUCCUGCCCAGUGGGGCAUGUGCAGUGCAGUGAUGGUCUACUAUCAGAGAAGGUCAUGCAGCAUGUUUUAUAAUAAACUAACUUAGUGGAAUGAGUAGAUGCUAUAAGGUCAGAGUGUUAAAGCAGAAAGUGUACUGCUGAUUUCUUUUUUUAGUCUGUAUGGUCAAAGCCAAGUAGCACACUGUCAUGUUGCUAUCUUUAGUUGUCUUUUUUGCAAGUUGACCUUUUAAGAAAGUCCUCAGUGCUCAUUUAUAAUUAAUAUCCUCCACUUGAUUCUUUUUUUUCCCCUGAAGCUGCUCAGGACUUGUCAUUUUCUCCACGCCAGCAAAAAGAAACAAAAUGCAAAAAUUAAGCCCACAAGCAGAUCCCAGCCUUCACCUUAGGGGUGUAAUAAUGCAUAUACCUCAGGAGACUACACAUACUAAGGUUCUCAGAUUUUUCAAAUAUUUUCAAUAGUAGAUUAAAUGUUUUUCCAAUCCCAAACUGGAUUUCACAGUCGCUCAUAAAAACUCAUAAGUUAGUCUGGAAUUAGUCCAAGUUUGACCAGUUAAUAUAUUGUGGUCCUGAUGCUUGUCUAAGGUGGCAUUAAUGCUAAAAAGCAUUAAAAACUCCCCUUUUGUGUUUUCGCAAUCAGAAUAAAGGUUGCAUAUCUCAAACUGAUAUAUCGCUACUACCAGUUUUGUUCCUAGGCCUUUUUAUAAUACUGUCUUUUUAUUAAUUGUUGUUAGUUCUGACACAGAGGUGUCAAGGAUUCUUACAUCUUUAACCCAUUUAUUUAUUGUGUUUUAUUGAAACUACACCAAUUUGUAUGUGGAGUAACAGAAUCAAUCCCUGGACGAGCCAGCAACAACUAACUAGACUGAUAAUAACGAAGGCUUUUGCUUCCAUGUGUGAGAUCUUUAUUGACUAAACAACUUUAAAAUAGCUACUUAUCAGUUUAUUCUUAUGUCAGUUGUAGCUCCACCACCGAGGUUCUUCAUUGGUCUGCAUUGUAUAUAAAUCUGUACACCUUAUUUAUUUAGUUAUGACAUUUUAAAACAGGAUCACAACUAAAGGAGAUCUGAGAGGCGUCUGAAAGGGCUUAAACCAUUGUGGCACUCAACUACCACAAUGCAGUUUUUGGUUUUAACUGUUAAAAAGCAGUUUGUGAUGCAUUUCUUACUCUUAGCCUUUAUUGCGUGAAUGAGUUGCAGGUUUCCAGCUUGUAGCACGCCGCACCUGUGCAUCACUUCUGUGAUAUUGUCCUGAAUUUGACUGAGCUCUGAGCUUGUUUACCCACAUCUGUUGCUUUACACUAUAUUUAAACAUGUGUUACCCUGAAAUGUUGCGUGGUUUAGAGGUUCCUGUCAAAUAUUUUGAGAGGAGAUCAGGAAUGAACUGAAUGUAGAUGAAGAACACACAUGACUUUGCCUCUUGUGCAAAAACAAGCUGAUAAUACUGUUUUUGUGAUAUUUUGGCACACUCCUCGAUAACUACUCGUAGGUGAAACAGAGUGAGUGUAUAUUCUGAGCAAGCUGCUUGUUGACUGUUUUUGAGACUAAUUCUGUAAUAAAAUGGUAAAAUCCA